AUGUACGUGGGCUAUGUGCUGGACAAGGACUCGCCCGGCUACCCCGGGCCCGCCCGGCCCGCGGGGCUCGGCCUGAGCCCGCAGGCCUACAGCCCCGCGCCCCCCGCGCCCCCGCAGUACCCCGACUUCACCGGCUACUCGCACGUGGAGCCGCUGCCCGCGCCCUCGGCGGCCUGGAGCGCGCCCUUCCCCGCGCCCAAGGACGACUGGGCCGCCUACGGCCCGGGCCCCGCCGCCCCCGCCGGCAGCCCGGCGCCCCUGGCCUUCGGGCCGCCCCCGGACUUGAGCGCCGGGCCCGCGCCCCCGGGGCCCGGCCCCGGCCUCCUGCUGCAGCCCCUCGGCGGCCCGGGCGCGCCGUCGUCCCCCGGAGCGCCCAGGCGGACGCCCUACGAGUGGAUGCGGCGCAGUGUGGCUGCUGGAGGCGCUGGUGCCGGCAGCGGUAAAACCCGGACCAAGGACAAGUACCGCGUGGUCUACACUGACCACCAGCGUCUGGAGCUAGAGAAGGAGUUCCACUACAGCCGCUAUAUCACCAUUCGGCGCAAGUCAGAGCUGGCUGCCAACCUGGGACUCACAGAACGGCAGGUGAAGAUCUGGUUCCAAAGCCGAAGGGCCAAGGAGCGCAAAUGUGAACAAGAAGCAGCAGCAGCACCCCCAGCCCCCCGCCACAGCCCGCUGAAAGUUUCCUCCACCCCAGCGGGCCCCCCUAUGGGCGGCCUGUGCCCCAGUUCUGCUGGCCUCCUGAGGGCCUCUUCCACAUUGUCAGUCAGGAAGAAUAUCUGUCACCUCAGACCAGUCACCACACAGGCUCCACAGUCAUCGCCCAUCGUGCUGGUGUGGGAGCGCUGCCCAGAGAUGGCCCCUGGCUACCUGAGCUCAGAUGAGGAAGGUCGCCUCCCUUCCAAGCUAGGAGACCUUCUUGAAAAACGCCGGUGGAUCUGGGAUCUCGCUGGGGCGCAGCAGUUCGCCCCUUUCCAGCCCGGGGUCGGCCACGAUCGGAUCGGCCCCUGGCUGGGCUCCCGCAGCCCGGCCAAGAAGAGGAGGCGACGUCUGCGCCCGCGCCCCCAUCCCCGCUGCUGGUGGCUCGCUCGCUUCUCCUCCUGCUCGCUCCCUCUUGCUCGCUUGCCCCUUGCUCUCCGAGCCCCGGGGAGCCCUGCGAGACGCCCCGCGCCCAACCUCCAAGAUGAACAAGCUCCAGGGACCUCACCUCCGCAAGGGGCUGCCCUAGAGGCUGGGGGCAUGCAUCUGGCUCUCCGCUUUGCACCCUUCAAUGGAGCAGUCUCCUGA